UCGGUGAUUCAUCUCGGGAUUGUGAUUUUGAAGUUCGAUUUUGAGCACAGCUCUGUGAUUUAUCUCCGUGGAUUUGGGACUCUUCGUCUUCUUCGAUCAGAGAUGGAAUUUUGCUUCUUGAGGUCAACAAGAUGCUGAGGGUAGGGGGACACUUUGUUUGGGCAGCACAAUCUGUUUAUGAGCAUGAAGAUAACUCGCAAGAACAAUGGAAAGAAAUGGAGAACCUUUCUUGGCGUAUUUGUUGGGAACUUAUAAAGAGGGAAAGGUACAUUACUAUAUGGAGGAAGCCUCUGAACAACAACUGCUAUGUUAAUCGGCAUCCUCAAUUACAACCUCCUAUAUGUGAAGCCAAUGACGAUCCAGACAAUGUUUGGUAUGUCAGUCUGAAGGCAUGUAUCACUCUGUUACCUGAGAAUGGUUAUGGGGCUAAUGUUACUAGCUGGCCCACACGCCUUCAUUAUCCACCAGAUAGGCUACCUACCAUAAAAAUGGAUGCCUACAAUUCCCGAAAGGAAAUAUUCAGAGCAAAGUCAAAAUAUUGAAACGAUCUUGUAAAUGGUUAUGUUAAUGCCUUCAAUUGGAAAGACUUACACCUACGAAACGUGAUGGACAUAAAGGCUGGAUAUUGAGGGUGCCUUCCUUUUUCUUCUUCUUUUUCAUCUCUUUAUAUAUGUUUACCCUUCUCUAAAUCUGGAAGAGUGCUUUUUAAUUUUGAUUGUUUGAAUUCCUAUAUCAUGGGUACUUUGUUCAUGGCAGGUUUGCU